AUGUUUGAACCCUCCAAUUCGGCGACCCGACCUGAAAAAGGCAAAGCCCCGGCAAGGCUGGAUACACACUCUCCGGUUGACAGCACAAAUGACACCCCCAAACCAGAGCCCGAUUCAUUUGCUUUAACACCUGGCGAAAAAUUCGUCAAAGUAGCCUGGCCUAAGGCACUUGUAGCGCAUGAGAUAAAUCACGAGGCAUAUACUAGAAAAAAUAGCAAAGUAGUCAUUUGGCCAGACCUUUGCCUCAACAAAGCAAAUUCUACCGUUUUCUUAAAGCUCGCUGAAAUUCAGUCAGCCCUAGGAAUAGCCUUGGUCCCAUACUGGUAUUGGCCGCAACGUCUCUGCCUGGAAAUGAAAGUAGAUUUCCAGGGGACACAUGUUUGGGCCGAGGAAGACCCCUCGACCACUUGGCCUCUACUCCUCGAGGACAUUUUCAAAACAAUGCAGCAACUAGAUGUCCUGCAUGGUCCGAGGACUUUAUUCUCUCGCCUCUCUGCCAAGGACGGAGAGGACAUAAAUCCUCCGCUUCUCGAAUCCGUGACAGCUACUAUCACCUAUCUAAAGCCAAUAGAGAUAGUAAUACAACUCGCGACACCCUUGCAGACAUCACAAAGUCCUACUUACCAAAUGUUUGGACGCUUCUAUAGCCAACAAUGGUAG